UCCAAAUGCACAACCAUAAAGUAAUACACAACCGUACGAAGAGUUUGGGAUGCAACGACAUUGUGACCUGAUACAGCUAGCACCUGUAUCUUUAGCAACAAGAACGAAUCGUCCAUCCUGUUGAAAGUAAUUAUUUGGAUACUAUCGUCAACUGUGAAUAUCAGAAACCAGAAGCUCAUCAAGCAUUAUGUCUGGGACUGCACUGUAUGUGUCUUUGCUGUGCUUUCUUUACGUCUGCUCAGCCUGUUACAUCUCUAACUGCCCAGUAGGUGGCAAAAGAUCCCUGAUUGAUGCACCAGCUCGCAAGUGUGUGACUUGUGGUCCUAGGGACAGGGGCCACUGCUUUGGGCCCAAUAUUUGCUGUGCAGCAGGUUUAGGCUGCUCUGUGGGCUCUCCUGAAGCAGCGAGCUGCAUGGAGGAGAACUACAUUCCCACUCCAUGUGAGAAUGGAGGUAGAGCAUGUGGAUCUGAGGGUGGACACUGUGCUGCUCCAGGUGUCUGCUGUAACUCAGAGGGCUGCAGCACUGAUUUGUUGUGUCUGGCUGAUGAUGAAUCUGAUCCAGAGAGCAGUGAUGGUCCCGGUGGAGAUCUUUUCAUGAAGCUGCUACAUCUGACCAGGCAACAUUUUGUCAACAAAAAGCACCAAUGAGCCUCUGUUGAACUAGCAAUGUAUUUCCUCAACUUUUUUUGAUUACUUGAAUUCUUUACCAUCUCCUAUACACUAUACUGCACUCUAACACUGUAAUUAGAAAUGUAAUUAGGUAAUUAUUUAUGGAUGAACAUGUA